GCGUCCUACGGGCAUACGCCAUGUAUUGAUGUAGUGUGCUGCAAGGCGAAUUGGACGCGGACAGCGGCGUUACGGCCUGAUCCUGUUUCAACUAUUUGUUAGGGGAUCUUUAACGGCAAUUUUGUUUAUCGUCCUACUUGAACAAACGGACAGAAGCCUUUCCUUGUCAGACCCUUCCGUCCUUGCCCCAAUGGAAAGGGGAACCAGCCUGGAUGGUCAUGCGCGAUGUGUUACUGUAUAUUGAGACAAAAGAUUAGCAUAAAAGAUAUCUUUGGUUUCUAACAAGAAGAAAACUUAAGAUGGAUGAUUACAGUAUAAUUACUGGUAAAAGGAAAACCUUUGGUGUGGUGGAUUAUGUCCUGUUUUCAAUUAUACUAAUCAUCUCAGCAGCAAUUGGAUUCUUCUUCGCAGUCAAGGAUCGAAAGAAGGAUAGCAGCUCUAACUUUUUACUGGCUGGUCGCAAAAUGAGUGUUUUCCCUGUUGCUAUGUCACUUCUGGUAACAUUUCUCUCAGCUUUAACCUUAUUAGGAAAUCCAGUAGAAAUCUACAACUAUAACACUAUGUUUUGGUAUUUGUGCUUGGCAAUGGUGCUAGCAAUCGCUGCCGCAUCAUUCAUUUUUAUACCUUUCUUCUACGAACUGGGUAUAACAAGUGCUUUCGAGUAUUUAGAAUUGAGAUUUUCCAAGCAUGUUCGUAUACUUGGCUGCCUUCUGUAUAUUUUUCAGACGAUGAUGUAUGUGUCUUUUGUACUGUACGCACCGGCAUUAGCACUCACAGCAGUAACUGGAAUCAAUCUGUGGGCAUCUAUUGUUGGUAUCAUGUUAAUAGUAACAGCUUAUACAGCCAUGGGUGGUAUGAAAGCGGUUGUAUGGACAGAUACGUUCCAGGCCUUUGUAAUAAUUGCUGGUUUAUUGGCUGCAUUAAUACAAGGUUCUAUAUUAACUGGUGGUUUUGAAGAAGCCUGGAAAGUGGCUGCUGAUAGAGGAAGGGUUGUUUUUGAUGUCUUUGAUCCGGACCCAAAAGUUCGCCACUCUUUCUGGACUGUUGUAUUCGGCGGGGGUAUUUUCUGGACGUCCUUGUUCGGUUUAAACCAAGCACAAAUACAAAGAGCUAUUUCAUUACCAAGUUUAACUAAAGCAAAGAUAUCUCUGUUGACCAGCCUGAUUGGAAUAGUAUUUAUUCUAACAAUUGGCUUUAUGAUUGGGAUUGUUAUGUUCGCCUUUUAUGCCAAUUGUCACCCAAUCAAAUUCAUGAAUAUCAUAUCGAAAGCUGACCAGUUGUUACCAUUAUUUGUAAUGGAUAUAUUGGGACAGUUUCCAGGUAUACCAGGAAUAUUUGUAUCCUGUGUUUUUAGUGGGAGUUUAAGCACACUCUCAUCCUGUUUAAAUGCCUUGUCUGCAGUUACUAUUGAAGAUAUAUUAAAAAGAUUUCGGUUUGUGAAAAGCAUGAAUGAUUUUAAAAUCACUUUAUUGUCCAAAUUUUUAGUGGUUAUAUAUGGAGUAAUUGGUAUUGGUGCUGCCUUUCUCGUAUCUCAAGUUAGUGCAAUUUUACAGGCAAGCUACAGUUUAUUCUCUAUUAUAAAUGGUCCAUUAAGUGGUUUGUUUGUUCUGGGCAUUUUCUUUCCUUGGGCAAAUACGUGGGGGGCCAUUGCUGGUUCCUUGACAUCAUUGUUUAUGAUGUCAUGGAUUGGUUUUGGUGCUUUUGCAAACAAAAUAAGAACACCUACUGCUACAUUCGAUACCUCUGGGUGUAAUUGGAAUCUAACAACAACAACAACUAUGACAACGGUUGCUAUGGAAUCAUCAACAAUGUUAUUGAACAGCACAACAACACCGAUACCCCCAGCAACAGUAGAAUCAAGUGAUCCAUUCUAUGAUAUGUAUAAAUUAUCGUAUUUAUGGUAUACAGCAACAGCUAUAUUAAUAAACGUGGUUGUAGGACUUAUUGUUAGUUUUAUAACGGGUCGAACAAAGCCCGAAGACCUUGAGCCGAGGCUAAUAUUUUCAAUAUUUGAUCGAUUACUACCAUGCCUACCAGAAACUGUUUUAAGAAAACUGCGGUGCGGGGUACCAACAAAACAGAAAUAUGAAAAAGAUAGCCAGAAUGGUACUAAAGGUGUUGAUAUUCAAGCUUCUGAAAAACAGACUAUGACAGCGUUAACUUGUGAUAACCUCGAAAAUGGUAACACCCACGGUUUAAAAACAGAUGUGGAAUCUACAAGACUUUAGUGACUCUCUGUUAUGCAUCCGUAUAUAUUAGUUUUAAACUUUUGCCUCCGUUAGGUAUCAAUUACAACUAUUAUACUUUAUAUAAAUAUAUAAAAUUAAUAAUUUUCUAACAAUUUCAUACCAAAAAUAACCCAAUAUUAACCUGGUUAUCGAAAAUUGGAGUACUUGAUUACUUAGUUUAAAACAUUUUGCACAAACCUUCGUUAAACAUAGAAAGUCAUUAUAGCAAUUGGUAAUAAAAACGUCAGUGCUGGGUUGA